UGUCAUGCAGUUGUGAUUGACAUGUAAUAGGCGAUAUUUACCCGCUGCUGCUGAGCACAGAUCACGUAUGCCUAAUACAUGAAUUUACGGUGCUGUGUAAGGGCAAAUGGCUGUUCAGUGAUGCCUUGUUUCAGAAACAUUCGCAAUGGCAGCCGCCAAGGAGGUGCAAGAGGCUGCUGCUACGGGUGCUGGGGAAGGGGCCACGGUGACUCUGGUGGCCGGGGACACGCGGCUGGAGGCGCACAGGGCCGUCCUGGCAGGCGGGAGCCCCGUGUUCGCCGCCAUGCUCUGCCAGGACACGCCGGAGGCCAGCAGCAGUGUGGUCACAGUCCCCGGCGUGGAGGGCCCGGUGCUGCACCAGCUGCUGGCCUACAUGUACUCCCUCCGUGCUCCCGAGGUGCCCCGCAUGGCCCCACAACUCCUGGCAGCUGCAGACAGGUACGGCGUGUGGGGGCUGAAGGUCCAGUGUGAGGAGCAGCUGGCCAGUCAGCUGUCAGCAGAGAACGCGGCGCGCACGGCGGUGCUGGCAGUGAGGCACUCCUGUCCCAGCCUCGCAGAGGUCGCUGUCGCCUUAAUAAAAGCCAACUCGCUGGUGUUUGCCACAGCGGGUUGGGCCGAUGCGGUCCUCAACCACCCUGAUGAGGUGGUCAAAGUGAGUCAGUUGCUCGGUGGGCCACUAACAGAAACCAGGAGCCUUCCUGGAAAGAAGAUUAGCCGAGGACUGAUCCAGGCAGCUAAGGAGGGGGCGGUGGAGGAGCUCAGGGUGCUUCUUGCGACAGGGGCGAAAGUGGGGGCGAGGGACGAGGACAUGUGA